AACAAAAUGAAUUCAUUGAAUUUUGUAAUUGUGACAAUUUUGUAUUGUUUUGGAGAGAUUUGCAAAGGUAAGGGAGAGUUUGUUUCGCAAGAUGAGACGAAAUGGGACGAGUCUAGAUGCACUAUGGCAGAACCAAGGGUAGUCUGCAAGGAUGAUGGCUCAUGCAUUGUUAACAAUAGUUUGGAAUUUCUUACAAAUGUAGAAGAUCAAGACAAUGGAUUUUGGAUUGGAUUUGCCAAAACAUGGAUUAGUUUUUCUUAUGUUGGGUUUGCGAUGUAAAUGUGCAGGUAACAAUGCCUCGCGGGAGAAAACGUGCAAAGAAAAAUGUGAAGAAGCUUUUAAAUAUCCAUGUGGUGACACAGCUGACACGAACGUGUUCUCAAUUUACACAAUAGAAAAUGUUCCUCCUAGCGAACAUUCACAGGACAAUAACAGAAACUGCCUACUGUUCUUCUAUAAUUACAGUCCUGGAUAUAAUUAUUAUUGGGAUUCAUGCAGUGCCACUUUAAAUUCCAACCCAGCGCUAUUAUGCAGCAACAAAUAUAUUUCAGAAGAUAACCCGAUGGCGAAAAUACACAAUCGAUCUGAUGUUAUUUGGGCCCAGGCUGUUGAAAACUGCAUCGUUGCAAGAAAAUUCCCUGCAUCCAUACAAAGUAUCAAAAAUGGGAAUUUUACAAACCAGCACGAGCAGGACUACUGGACAGGAAUCAUUAGAAAAGAAUAUAUUAUAUCUUUGAACGAUAUGCUUGACAAAAGCACCAAUCCGCCUUUGACGUAUGCAUAUGUGGAGCUGAUAAACCAGACUUUUUACGUCAGAUAUGCUGACGAAGGUGAAUCGAGAAAAAGCUUGUGCGCAGGAGAUAGCACAUCGGCAGGACCCAUGAUAACGACACGGGAGACACAAUCAUCCUAUUCGGAAUCAGCCACAACACCAACCAAAAAAUCAACGACAGGUCUUGCUGUUGGUUUGUCCGUUUCUAUGGCAUUGCUGAUAAUUGUGACGAUCAUUGUGCUUAUGUUCUUGAAAAGAAGGGGACUUCCAAAAAAGUGCUACACACGCAAUGGUGAAAAGGGCAACCAUAACGAAGACACAAAAACAGAAAUACCAUUCGUGCCAUCACCGAUACUUGGAUCUUCUACAUACACAACGAAUGACCUAAUAGCAUCAAAUCAUUCUUAUUUUGUGCUUGAAGAAAUUUAUAAGAGGGAGACCAGGGGGGAGACCGAACACUAUGGAGAGCCAGAUACGACCGAUGUUGACCAUUAUGAUUCAAUCGAAAUGUCGCAGAAUGAUACUUUUAAUAAUUACGACACAACUGAUGGCAAAAAGGGCCCAGCCAUGUCUGCAUUGGCUGAGCCUUAUAACAUUUAUAACAAAGUCGAUUUACAUCAAUCUAAUGAGUACGAUCAUAUUCAAAACGGAAAACCGCCAAAGUCGGACAGACAAACUGAAAAAAAACCCCGAUAUAUCCAAUAACCUGAUCGAUGGCAAACGCAGUUAUAGAUUCGGAGAUGACAGUGAAACAUACAACCAUUUGAACAUACAUGACAUGAAGAGCUCCGGCACAGAUAACGUCUAUGGAAAGACAAAAACAGAUGGCGAUAGUGGAUAUGAUACUUCCCGUGCUCUGAACCUUCGCAGGAAUAAAGAUGCAAAAGAUCAGCAAGCUGAUUAUGCCGUGAUAAAAAAGAACUGGUAGGAUAAAAUUGCCAACAACAGGACAUACACGAACAUGAUCUGAUCAUUUAAUUUCAUCAUAUUCCAUGACAUACGAAAGAAAUCUACGUUGCAUGCAGCGAUUGUCAACUUAACCAUGACACAUGUUUCCGAUCAAUCCCAUUCUUGUUUAUUUGCCAAAUAUGUAACUAACGUUUGCAAACUAUGCUCAUCAGUGAAGCAACACGUGAUCGUAAUGCAUUUUAAGACCGUCAAUUUAUAUCGCUCCAACGACAGCUUCGGGCAUUCAGUUUGAACUAUUCAAAGAGUUUCGUUAUUUACCUUGUGGAUUUUGCGAGCAUUUUUAACGAUUUAAUUAUUCGCCUUAAGUGAAACACUACGCAACAUUUUCAUGUAUGGACACCUUAUGUGAUAAUGAGCCCGCCUCUUUAAUUGUAAGUUCCGCGUUAUACGUAUAAGAACACGCCAAAUCGCUGAUGGCGGCAGUCGGUGUUUUUUGUGUGAAGUUGAUUUACAGGCCGUGUAUGUUGCACUUAAUUCAAAGUUUACUUGCAAGUUUAUUUGUAAAGAGUCGUAUAUCGUUACAUAAUUAAUAUAAAUGCUUAACCAUUCUAUCCAAUUUUGCAUUUGUGUUUUUAUCAUAUUAUGUACGGUUGGUGUGUUGAAAUAGUUGUUUCUUAUAGCAUUUCAAGUGCAGUAUUUCCAGUCCACCUGAAAUCUCAACAACUAUCGGCCAAUCGCAAUUCUUCCUUCAAUUUAUAAAUUGUUUGAAAAACACAACGCCAAUCUAUUGAGAAACUAUCUUCAUAAUUCUUACAUAUUACAUGAUCUCCAAUCCGGUUUUCGUCAGAAUCACACAUGUCAAACAACUCUUAUACGAUUAGUUGAUUCUAGGUUGAAUGAUAUUGAUUCUCGUUAAAUUGUUGGAACUGUUUUUCUAGAUUUUCGUAAAGCUGUCGAUUUGUUGGAUCACGGUAUUCUUCUACAUAACUUGAAACUUAUAUCAUUUCUCUGUUUCCAACCUUAAGCUUAUAACUUCAUACUUACUAAUGCGUCGUCAAUGCGUAAAAGUAGGAGAUUUGUUAAAAGUGGUGACCCACAAGGCCCCAUUCUAGGACCUCUUCUCUGUUCGAUAUACAUCAAUGUUAUAUAGUUUCAUUCAAUAAUUCCUGUAUUGACCUCUUCACGUAUGAUUCCACUUUGCACACUUCGGGUUUUAGAGUGAAAGAUAUUCAAAAAACAUUGAAGAAUGAUUUGGAUUCAGUAGUUUCUUCGUACUUUAAUAAUAACAUGUCAAUUCAUUCAGGAAAAUCAAAAUGCAUGCUGAUUAACAAAGGUUACAUAGCAAAUGCCAUCUCCCUGACAAGGCUAAUAAAUAAUACGACAAUUAAACAUGUUCCAAGCCAUACAGUUCGUGGAGUUAUAAUUGAGAGUCAAUAGAAUUAGAAAGAGCAAGUUUUCAAUGUUUGUAGGAAACUGAAUUCUAAAAUAGCACUUCUAAAACGAAUAAAAUACCUCCUGAGCUAUGACAGGCAAACACUAUUUUACAAUGCGUAAAUGCUAUCAACAAUGGACUAUUGUUGUUUUAUAUGGAGCAGAUGUAUACAUUCAGACAUAUAUUAAAUUUAUAUUAAUCAGAAAAGCUGCAAAAAUAUUUUUUACUAAAGCCUGUUAAAACGUCAUCCAGUCCAUUGUUCAAGGAAUUAGGCUGGUUAUUGUUUGACAAAAAAUGUAAAUUUAAUUUAAGUUUUUGCAUGGUCUUAUUUCUGAAUACUUAGGUGAAGUAAUUCCAUUUACCAAUAAUACAAACUACCCAUUACGGCCUGCCACCAAUAAGAAUUUAAAGUUCCCUUUGCUAUAAGACUAACUAUGGUAAAAAGUUAUUUACUUAUUUUGCUUAAUCCGUAUGAAAUUAUAUACCGAUGUUUAAAACACAAUUAAAAAAACACAUUAUGACAAAUCAAAGAUUUUAGUGAAUGACUGUCUGUUAAAAUUGUUAAUUUAAAUGCGAUUUAUUUUUGUCUUUUUUAAAUUUGAACAUUGUAUAUAACGUGUUUGUAAUCGUUUGAAUGGGCAAGGUAUACUUAUACGUUUGUAAAAUGAAUGGAAGACCACAUUGUA